AUGGCAACCGUCGAGCAUUGUGUUGUAUGUUUCGAGGCUCUUGACGCCGACCUCAACAACCGCAAACCCCUCUCCCUUGAACAGAUCCAGUCUUCGUGGGCCGCAUACAAGGCCAGCUCCGCUUCCGUGACCGGCCCCUCAGAAGCUCCCUUGAACCCGGCCCUCCGGCGCCUUGCUGCCGACGGCGUCUCGUCCUCGUCGUCCUCGUCGUCUUCUACGUCGCUCUCGGCAGCAGGAGCUGCCACUCCCGCAACAUCCACAUCCUCCCUGCCCGACACCCCGCCAACAGCGGCUCCUCUGUUUGUCACCUGGAACACAGUCGACCCAGAUGACGACGACGUCUCCCUCCGCGGCUGCAUCGGCACCUUUGAGUCCCAGCCACUGUCCGAGGGCAUUCAUGAAUACGCCCUAAUCUCUGCCCUGCAAGACACACGCUUCAACCCGAUUUCCAAGCGCGAGCUUCCCACACUCCAAGCCGCUGUGACGCUGCUCACAGACUUUGAAGAGGCGGACGACACGCACGACUGGGAGAUUGGCACUCACGGCAUCCGAAUCUCCUUUUUGGAUCGCGGCCGCCGCUACGGUGCGACAUAUCUGCCCGAUGUAGCGCUAGAGCAAGGAUGGACCAAAGAUGAGACACUGUUUAGCUUGAUCCGCAAAGCAGGCUGGAUGGGCAGCCGUUCCAAGUGGCAGGACUUGGACGUCAAAGUGACUCGAUACCAGGGCAAGAAGGUCAGCCUCAACUAUCCAGAGUUCAAGAAGUGGAGGGACUGGGUCCAAAGCAAGCAGUAA